AUGGCUCGUACUAAGCAGACCGCUCGCAAGUCCACCGGCGGCAAGGCGCCGCGCAAGCAGCUGGCCACCAAGGCGGCCCGCAAGAGCGCGCCGGCCACGGGCGGCGUGAAGAAGCCGCACCGCUACCGGCCCGGCACGGUGGCCCUGCGCGAGAUCCGCCGCUACCAGAAGUCCACGGAGCUGCUGAUCCGCAAGCUGCCGUUCCAGCGCCUGGUGCGCGAGAUCGCGCAGGACUUCAAGACCGACCUGCGCUUCCAGAGCUCGGCCGUGAUGGCGCUGCAGGAGGCGUGCGAGGCCUACCUGGUGGGGCUCUUCGAGGACACCAACCUGUGUGCCAUCCACGCCAAGCGCGUCACCAUCAUGCCCAAGGACAUCCAGCUCGCCCGUCGCAUCCGCGGGGAAAGGGCGUAGAUUUGUUUCUCCCGAUUAUGGGCCAACCUCUGAAAAACCCAAAGGCUCUUUUCAGAGCCAACCACCUUUUCUGUGAAAGACUCCUGUGCACUGGGACCUCCAUUCCGAGAGAGGAAAUAAAACCGCUCCUCCCAACCUCCGCCUCUGGCAAAAAUGGUGUUACAAGUUCUUUAAGAUUAAUUGGGUGGCUCUGAAAAGAGCCUUUAAGCCGCCAGCUGCCAGCGCCUUCUUGAGCGCAGCCAGGGACAUGCCGCUGCGCUCCUUGGAAUCGCCGACAGCCUUGAUGAUGAGCUCGGAUACCGGGGGCCUGGAUGCCUUGCGCUUCA